AUGCCGCUCCGCGACGGCUGCCGGCGGCGGCUCCAGCGCGCCCGCGGCCUCUGUCUCGCCGCGGCGCUGUGCGUGCUCGCGCUCGCGCUCGCGUCGGACGCCUCGCCGGCGCCGGUGUCGCUGCUGGGCAUCAACUACGGCCGCGUGGGAAACAACCUGCCGCCGCCGCAGGCCGCGCUGCCCCUGCUCCAGGGCCUCGGCAUUGCCCGCGUGCGGCUCUACGACCCCGAGCCCGGCGUGCUGCGCGCCUUCGCCAAGACCGGGAUCGAGCUCUACGUCGGCGUCCCCGACCAGUGCCUCGCCGCGGUCGCCGAGCCGGCCGGCGCCACGUCCUGGCUCAAGGACAGCAUCCUGCCCUACCUGCCGGACACCAAGAUCGUCGCGCUCACCGUGGGCAACGAGGUGCUCACGGGCAACGACACCGCGCUCACCCGCAACCUGCUCCCGGCCAUGGAGUCCCUCCACGGCGCGCUCGCCGCGGCAAACCUCGACAAGCAGAUCGCCGUCACGACCGCGCACAACCUCGGCGUCCUCGGGACGUCCUACCCGCCCUCGGCGGGGGCCUUCCGGAAGGACCUGCUCCAGUACCUCUGCCCCAUCCUCGACUUCCACGCCAAGACCGGCUCGCCGUUCCUGGUGAACGCCUACCCCUACUUCGCCUACUCCGACGAUCCCAAGGGCAUCCAUCUGGACUACGCUCUCCUCGAGCCGAGCAACCCCGGCGUCCCGGACGCCAACACCGGGCUGCACUAUCCCAACCUCCUCGUGGCGCAGGUCGACGCGGCGUACCACGCCAUCUCGGCGGCGAACAGCGCGGCGGCGCGGACGGUCGAGAUACGGAUCUCCGAGACGGGGUGGCCCUCCGCGGGGGACGCCAACGAGAAGGCCGCGACGCCGGAGAGCGCGGCCCGGUACAACAGCAACGUGAUGCGGCUGGUGGCGGAGUGGAAGGGCACGCCGCUCAAGCCCAACGUGCCGCUGCGCGUCUACGUGUUCGCGCUGUUCAACGAGAACAUGAAGCCCGGGCCGGCGUCCGAGCGCAACUACGGCCUGUUCAAGCCCGACAGCACGCCGGUGUACCCGCUCACGUACAAGCCCGCGCGCGGCGACUUCACCCCCGGCGGCAACAGCACCGGCGGAGACAACGGCUACUACGACAUCUCGGCCGCGUCGCGGGAGCCCACGGGUUGCCGGUGGACAUGGGUGCAAGCUGCUGUGGCAGGAGGUGCGGCUGCUGCCCUCAUGGUCGCAGCCUGA